AAGCGACAGAUUCAGGAAGAUUCCAAAACUUUGUCAUAUGCGCAGCAUUGCUGUAGAAUUAAGAAUCAAAGUUUGCGCGGUGUAUUAUUUAUUCACUUUUUUUAGCGUUCUGAAAGACUCGGUCUAUUUAAAGGUUUUUUGUGUAACACCUCCGGUUAUCCAUUUCCGGUUAUUUUAGCUGGCUAGCUUGUAGUCAUUACAGUAUCUACCGACACUGCAUUUUAACGAUUCGUUGUUAACAGUUAUGAAUUCGCGGAGAACUGGUAUCAUUUGUGCAGUUAGGGGUUGCCAUAAUAAUUGGUACAAACGAAAACGCUUUUUAGAGCAGGUGUGUUUUGACCAUAAACCGCGCACGAGAGCUGAAUGUGGAUGCGAGGCGCCAUACAAUCUUCAUCCGCCUCCUAAAAACGAAGAAGCUCUUCGGUUUUGGGUAAAAGCCCUGAAUCUCGAGAAACCACCGAAGAGACCGUACGUUUGCUCUUUCCAUUUUGUGGAUAAAAGACCUACGAAGGAGCAUCCGUAUCCAGAGAAGUGGCUGGGCUACGAUGCUCCAGUAAACACACUGACGCAGCUUCUCGUCAUGAAAACAUCAACACACAAAGACGAGACCCUCAGGAGCCCCGAAUUUGUGCCAUCUCAGUUUGCACACACUUCAGUUGAACAGGAACAAAGAAAUGCACGCAACCCGAAGAGGUGUGAACAAACUCUGCAACUUAAAAGAAAGAGGAACUGUGAUGCAGAUGAAACGCCAGUCCUCAGCACUGACGAGUGCAAUGCCACGGACUUGGAGAAAGACCAGUGUGCUGAACACAGCUAUUUGGCUAAUGUACAUUCUCUCCAGACAAUCACACCUUGUACCAACACCGCCUGCCAAGCUGCAGUGAAAGCAUUAACUGAUGAAUGUGCAGCACUCCGAGCAGAGAUCGCUCGGCUCAAAGAGAAAGUUGAUAACUUAUCCUUCAGACAAGAGUCUUUUAGGGAUAGCGAUGAAAUGGUGCAGGAACUCACCGGUCUGGCAUCGUACGCAAAAUUCAUGAUCGUAUUCUCUUUAGUCUCGGGAUUUCUGAAAGCUGGUUCAGGCUUGACUAAUUUUCAGUGUUUUUUUAUAACUUUAAUGAGGAUGAGAUUAAAUUUACCGUUAUGUUUUUUUGCACACAUGUUCCACGUGUCACAGUCCACUGUUGCUGAAGUGUUUAACGUCACUUUGGAUGUAAUGCAUCAAACACUCUGUAGAUUAAUUGUUUGGCCAGGCAAAGAACAAAUUCAGAUUAGUCUACCGAUGUGUUUCAGAUCUACUUUGAACAAUUGUACCUCCGUUAUUGAUUGUUUGGAAUUAUGUAUUGAAAAACCCAAAAACCUGAGCGACAGUGCUCAGACAUGCUCCCAAUACAAGAAUCACGACACGGUUAAAUAUUUGAUAUCCAUCACACCACAGGGAGUCAUAUCAUUCGUAUCAAAGGGCUUGGGAGGUCAGGUAAGCGACAAGUACUUAACCGAAAGAUGUGGAUAUCUGGACAAGCUAUCAACUGGAGAUGUAAUACUAGCUGGAAAAGGUUUUAAUAUUAUAGAAACCGUGGGUUUGCACACUGCUGAUUUGAAGAUUCAAGCAUUCACAAAAGGUAAACAUCAACUACUUCCGCUUGAGCUGGACAAAACAAAAGGACACGUUGCUGUCCAGAUGCACGUAGAGAGAGUAAUAAGCCUGGUCAGGAACAAAUACACGAUUUUGCAGAGCACCAUCCCCAUUUCUUUGUGCAACACAACAGAUGAAGGACACACCACUACCCUUGACAAAAUGGUCACAGUUUGUUGUGCUUUAUGCAAUAUUUGUCCUUGUGAAGUUCCUACAGAUUAAAUGAACCUAGUCUUGGGUGUAUUGGUGUAUGAUUGUACAUACUAUGGCAUACCACUAAUGAAAUUCUGUAUAUAUUUAAGACUGUCUAUAAGAAUGUGUUUGUGUUUGUAAUACAGAGAACAUUAAAACACAGUGGUUCAUUGAUGCUUUGGGGCAGUUUUGUGGUUGGAUGUUCAGGAGCUCUUCUGAAGCUUGAUAGCGUCAUGAAUUCUGCCUCCAGGAUAUUUCAGCCCAGAACCUGGAAACGUCUGCCAGGAGGUUCAGACUUGGUCAUGGAUAGAGCUUUGAACAAGAUGAUGAGCCAAGUACACUACCAAAUCAGUACAUAAAUGAUUAAGGACAUAAGAAACAUCUUAGGGGGCUUUCACGCUGGCAGUUUGCAUGAAAAAUCGGUAAGGUAAAGCUGUCAUGCGGACCAGGAAGCGCACGCGGUACCCCACCCGAGACUACCUGUAGAUGGUGAGAAAUGAUACAGUAUUGAGGUUCAGGAGAGAGAAAAUUAAUAAUAAAGGUGUUCUGGAACCACGUUAGUUUAUGCAGCAUGUCAUGUCCACUCAUGUCCCUAGCCUAGCUUAAAAUGUUCUGCAUGGAUGAGGGGUUUCUCUAGAUUCCUCUAGAAGUGUCUUCAACCUUGGUAGACAUUACCGUAAGAUGCAGAGGUGGGAUCAAGUCAUUGUUUUGCAAGUCAUGGCAAGUCUUGGCAUCCAUCCGUCCGUUUUCUGUACCACUUAUCCUACACAGGGUUGCAGGGAGCCUGGAGCCUAUCCUGGGGGACACGGGGUGCAAGGCGGGGGACACCCUAGUUGAGUUGCCAACACAUCGCAGGGCACAAUCACACACUACGGACAAUUUGGAAACACCAGUCAGCCUACAAUGCAUGUUUUUGGACUGGGAGAGGAAACUGGAGUACCUGGAGGAAACCCCCGAAGCACGGGGAGAACAUGCACACAGGGCGGGAAUCAAACCCCACCCAGAUAAGGAUGGGUUCUCGUUUGAGUCUGGUUCCUCUCAAGGUUUCUUCCUCAUAUCGUCUCAUGGAUUAUUUCCUUGCCACCAUCGCCUCUGGCUUGCUCGUUAGGGAUACAUUUAUCAAUGUA